AUGUCAUCAUCAUCAACACCCCGGUCCAUGACCGCAGGAGCUCGCAACAUCCUCCGCUCCAAUGACUCGGCAUCCCUCUGGAACUAUACUGUUGCCCCAGGAUGGAGCUUAAUUGAGGCCGAGGUGCUAAGGAAGGCCCUGAUGAAAUUCGGCGUCGGCAAUUGGUCAAAGAUCAUCGAAUCCAAUUGCCUCGUCGGCAAGACCAACGCCCAAAUGAACCUCCAGACCCAACGUAUGCUCGGCCAACAGUCCACCGCCGAAUUCGCAGGAUUGCAUAUUGACCCAAGAGUGAUUGGACAGAAGAACAGUUUGAUCCAGGGGGACCAUAUUCGUCGCAAGAAUGGAUGUAUUGUCAACACGGGCGCUAAACUGUCCAGAGAGGAGAUCCGUCGUCGUGUCGCCGAGAACAGAGAGCUAUAUGAACUGACAGAGGACGAGUGGAAUGCGAUCGAGUUACCAUUACCCGAGGACGCAAAGAAGUCAGAAAAGAUCCGUCUGGAACUGGAACUCAAGAACGUACAACGCCAGAUCGCCAUGUUGCGGAAAUCUGGCGGCAAGAAGACCGAGACGGAUAGUGUGGAUUCGCCAAAGACAGAGCUGGAGGACGAUGAUCGGGAAGAGUUCGUUGAAGACCAACCUUUGGGCAAGCGUGCUAGGAUCGAAGUAUGA